AUGACCGCAUUUGCCCCAUCCGGUUUCCUGGGCAGCUCUCUCCUUCACCAACAUGCUAGGCUUCCGCGCACAUCUCCCAUUCGCCAUACCCGCUCCCCAGUGAUGUCUGCGAACGUCCUCAUCGUCAACACGAAAGGUGCUGGUCACGGCUUCAUCGGUCUUCAUCUGGCGCGCAAGCUCCUGCAAGAGGGCAAUACCGUCGACCUAUUGCAGGUAGGUGGCGAUCCCUCAUUUGGCCCUUUCGCCAAAUACCCGUCUCUAGCUUCCGAGUUCGCCUCAUUCUCGUUCUCUUUCGGCUCUGUCGCGGACGCCAAGCAUGAAGGCUAUGACGCGGUCUACGACAACAACGCAAAGUCUGCAGAUGACGCCGCCCCAGCUAUCGCAGCUGGUAAGAACGGUGCAGAGGUGUUCUACGUCGCUUCCGCUGGUGCUUACUCAUAUGACCCGAAUACUGCACCUCAUUUAGUAGGCGACCCCCUCAAGGGCGCCACUGUCGACGUCGAGAACCUGUUCAGAGACCAAGGUGUUUCAUCUGUGAACUUUCGCCCAAUUUACAUCAUCGGUGAAGACUGUUCGAAGCGGGGGUAUCUCGACUACUUUUUUGAUCGGAUUGUACGCGACCGCCCCUUGCUUCUGCCGGGUAAUGGCAGUGAGUUGACCUCGCUCACAGACGUGCGGGAUAUUGCUUCAAUGCUGGCUGCCGCUCUGGGGAAGGGCAUGAAGAAUGAGACCCUCAACCUCGUCAACAGCCGAGCGGUCACGUUUGAUGGUGUGGUGAAAAUGUGCGAGGACGCGAUCGGAAAGAAGGCAAACGUUGUUCGGUAUGACCCCGACGAGAUUAAGAAGAAGUUGGAAGGGUUUGUACCGAAAAAGGCCUUUCCCUUCAGGCCGAGGCACUUUUUCGCAGACCCAGGAGAGGCGACCGAAAAGCUCGGCUGGACGGCAGAGUUCUCAGGAUCGGCAGACAAGCUGGCUGCCGCGAUAAAGGCGUCGUAUGAAGAUUAUUUAAGCCUGGGUUUGGAUAAAAAGGAUGUCAAAUUUAGUCUCGAUGACGAUAUCCUCAAACACGUAUGA